AUGAAUGAGUACAAGACACGACCUUCACAAGAGCAGCAUUAUCACCACACAAGCGAAUCCACAUCAAUGGCGACUGUUUAUGAGACCACCGCAACUGCAGAGCUUCCGUAUCACUCAUCCGGAACGUACAAUGUGUUACAGCCUUAUGGCUCAUAUUCCUCUCAUUUACCACCGUAUUUUGAGCCCCAAGCUUCCAUGGGACUUCAAUCACCCGAUAUGAACACGGUUCCUUCUCUACGUCAUGAUCAGCACCUCAGCCAGCACCAUCAUCAUUAUAGACAGGGAGGAUACACCGGAUAUCCCGUAGAAAUGUCAUCGACCCGCUCUGCGUCGAUACGCGGCAUACCAGAACAUGAAAUCGAAAGCCAGGACUCGAUAAAUGAACAGACAAUGUCGUCUGAGCGCAUCAAUCCACCGUUGGAAGGAUUUCCGCAGGUUGAAGAAUUUGAUAGGCUAAUGGAAAGUUAUGUCAAUGAACUUUCAGUAAAGAAACAGGAUAAGGCGUUGAUUAAUGCCCAGAGGGCUCAGCAAAUCCGUAUUGUCCUGACGGAUCCAAAAGAUACCAGUGUCGGAUCAGCUCAGUUUAGAUUUUGGGUCAAGAAAAUGUUCAAGCUUGAACCCGCUGAUAGCCGUCUUCCCACUAACAGGAAGUGGAUAUGUCAUGAAGGGAAACCAGUCGCCAUUCGGGAGAAGUUGUUCAAGAUAUUGACCCGGGCACAUCAGCAAUGUCAACAUGGGGGUCGCGACAAGACAUCAGCUCAGGUCCGUCAGAUAUAUUCAUGGGUACCGAAAGAAUUGAUAUCCCGCUUUGUCAAGAUAUGUCCAACAUGUCAAGUUCGUCGUGGAGGAUCACACCUUUCACCUCCGGAUUCUAGGCGAAACUCUCCCCCUAUGGAGCUCAGCAGAGGCCAGCCACCACAGUCACCAGUAGCUUAUAUGCGCGCACAACCAGUGCCGCCGAUGGCGUAUGACGAGUAUCGAAGAAACUCCUCGUCUUCCUCAUCGUAUGGUUAUUCCGAUAGCAGAAAUCGAGAAUGGGGAGCAUAUUUGUCCCCUACCUCCCGCCAUAGUGAAACAGCAUGGUCCCCUCCCCCUUCCCACCAUCAGCAUCACCAUCAUCAUGGCGGUCGCCAGGAUACAGCAACAUCGUCCCCUCCUUCGAGGUCAAUGGCAGGCGAGAACUCUACGUCUCAAGCGCAGUAUCUCUCGGGAUAUGUAGGGACUCACUCAAAUAGUCGAUAUCGACCUGGGUACUGA